AUGACGGGGGUGCCGAAGGCAUCGCUCUCGUCGAAUGAUGAUGGGGUGCCGAAGGCAUCGCUCUCGUCGAAUGAUGACGGGGGUGCCGAAGGCAUCACGCUCUCCUCGAGUGAUGAUGGGGUGCCGAAGGCAUCGCUCUCGUCGAAUGAUGACGGAGUGCCGAAGGCAUCGCUCUCGUCGAAUGAUGACGGGGGUGCAGAAGGCAUCACGCUCUCCUCGAGUGAUGACGGGGUGCCGAAGGCAUCGCUCUCGUCGAAUGAUGACGGAGUGCCGAAGGCAUCACGCUCGCCGAAUGAUGGCAGGGUGCCGAAGGUAUCCCGCUCGCCGAAUGAUGACAGGGUGCUGAAGGCAUCACGCUCGCCGAAUGAUGGGAGGGUGCCGAAGAUAUCACUUUCGUCGAAUGAUGACGGGGUGCCGAAGGUACCACUCUCGUCGAAUGAUGAAGCUUGUAGAACAAACUUACCAAUGGUUAUUGCCGAUGGCUAA